AUGAGUGAAACCGAAAUGGCCAACCACGAUCCCGAAGAGAUAUACAACCUGCUCGAAAAGCUUGGAACUGGCUCUUUUGGAACUGUUUAUAAGGCCAUAAAUAAAACAACAAAUGAAGUUGUCGCUAUAAAACAAAUUGACUUGGAAGAAUCGGAUGAUGAUAUAAGUGAAAUACAGCAAGAAAUAGCAUUACUAUCAGCAUGUGACUCGCCAUUUAUCACUCGUUAUCAUGGCUCAUUU